GAGUGAAAUGAAAUACGUACAGUUGGGUCUAGUUUUGCUGCUGCUUUCGCUGGCUUUGGCUGAAGUGGCAGAAGAACGUAAGGAGGAGCUGCAUUUCGGCUUUCAGACAGAGAAUGGCUAUCAGCGCUCUGAGGAUAUUACCUACAGCGUUAAAGUGAAUCCGGAUCAGCAUUUAACCGAACAACCGGAGGGUGAGACAACGCCCAAAUCUGUUGAAUAUCGCGGCGGCUAUAGCUUUAUAUCGGCCGAUGGCUAUGAGUAUCAGGUGCUAUACAAGGCAAACAAGAAUGGCUUUCAGCCCUAUGUGACAGCGCACAAGGUUAAAACUCCGAAGGAUAAGGCUUAG